CCAUCAUGACCGUCUCCAGCCUCGUCAAUCACCCCGCGCCGGGCAUCUCCUACUUCACUCCCGCGCAGGACAUCCCGGCCGGCAGUGCUGCCAACCCACAGACAAGCGGCAAGCCGGUGCCGAAGCUGUUCCACCCGCUGACUAUCCGCGGCGUCACCUUCCAGAACCGCUUGGGUUUGGCCCCCCUCUGCCAAUACAGCGCCCAAGACGGCCACAUGACGCCCUACCACAUCGCACACCUGGGCGGGAUCGCCCAACGCGGCCCGGGCCUGAUGAUCAUCGAAGCGACAGCCGUGCAACCCGAAGGACGAAUCACCCCGCAAGACGUCGGCCUGUGGAAAGACAGCCAAAUCGCGCCCAUGCAAGCCGUGAUCGAAUUCGCGCACAGCCAGAACCAGAAGAUCGGCGUGCAACUCGCGCACGCCGGCCGGAAGGCCAGCACCGUGGCGCCGUGGAUCUCGUUCACGGCGAAAGCGACCGCCGAACUCGACGGCUGGCCCGACCGGGUCCUCGGGCCCAGCGACGUCCCGUUCGCGGCGAGUUUCCCGACCCCGCGGGCCAUGACGGCGGCCGAUAUCGCGCAGUUCAAGGCCGACUGGGCGGAUGCGACGAAGCGGGCCAUUGCGGCCGGGGCGGAUUUCGUGGAGAUCCACGCGGCGCAUGGGUACCUGCUGUCGUCGUUCUUGUCGCCCGCUGCCAAUAACCGGACGGAUCAGUACGGCGGGUCGUUUGAGAAUCGGAUUCGUCUGCCGUUGGAGGUGGCGCAGAUCACCCGGGACGCUGUCGGGCCGGAUGUUCCUGUGUUCCUCCGCGUCUCGGCGUCGGAUUGGCUCGAGGAGACGCUUCCGGACAUGAGCUGGCGCGUGGAGGAUACGGUUCGCUUCGCCGAGGAGUUGGCCAGGCAGGGCGCGGUCGAUCUGAUCGAUAUCAGCAGUGGGGGCGUGCACGCCGCGCAGAAGGUCAAGUCCGGCCCGCUCUUCCAGGCGCCGUUCGCGGUGGCCGUGAAGCAGGCUGUCGGGGAUAGGUUGCUUGUGUCGGCGGUGGGAGCCAUCACGGAUGGGAGACAGGCCAACGAUCUGCUCGAGAAGGAGGGGCUGGAUGUUGCCCUGGUGGGCCGUGGCUUCCAGAAGGAUCCGGCGUUGACGUGGACGUUUGCGCAGCAUUUGGGCGUCGAGAUCUCCAUGGCCAGCCAGAUUCGUUGGGGGUUCACGAGACGUGGGGGGCCGAGCUAUAUCGACCCUGCCGUGUAUAAGCCGUCGAUUUUCGAUGCGUAGAUCGGACGCGAUAGAGGGAUGUACCAGUGAUGAUUCAUAGACUUAAUUGAUCUGAAUGUCGAGUGGAG